ACGCCAGGACCAUUACUCUGAUUGCAUCCACCGUCUUCCUCUCGCGCCUUCUUAUCACCAGCUACUGAGCAUCGAUUGUUCUGGGCGAUGCCCUACGCCUCUGCAAGGGACAAGGGUAAAGCUCGCGCUAUACAGCCUCUGCAACGGCCAGAAGAGUCUGCGACAUCCCCCAGCAGUCACGCCGCCAGCUCUCGCGUUCAUCCUUAUCCGCAUCCGCACCCUCCUCUUCCACCCCAACAACCUCACAUGACGAUGCCACUCUCACCACCAAAGACUUCCCCUUCUCCUCCUGGCUUACCUCCUUUUCCGGGAGAAGAGCCAAAUGACGUCUUCAGCCAGGCAGGACCUUCUCGCCGGCCCAUGGAGCACGCGCCGGCGAUCAGAGGACCCCCAAUCGAUGUAGAUGCUGUAGAGACAUCGUCUACACCUGUAGAGGUGGAUCUGGUGGUACAGUGCAAGGCCUGUAGGACCAUCGUAGGGGAUUCGUCUGCAUACGUUGCUGCGAGGAAGGAUCUAGGCCUUCUUGUUCUAUCCAGCGUAGCUCAGCAUGUGGUCUUGUCCAAUACUCCAUCUACGGCUCAGGAUCCGGAUCUCAACAGUCUGUACAUGCCCUUGGAGAUCACGUGUGGAUCAUGCGGUAGUCCUCUGGGGAAAGUGUAUAGGAUGACCGCUGCUGGAUUAGAUGAGUUGAGGGAUGGGUACAGCUUUGAAAGGGAUCGUAUCUCUGUGUGAGUAUGCGUGUAAGACAUCGAUCUGCAUAGUCCCGGAUACUCAUCCGAUCGAGUCAUCGUUCGCUUCUGAUCUUGCAGAUAUCAGCUGGGUACCGGCGUUCGCUCGUCCACGCUGGCGCCUCUACAUCCUGAUCGGCAGGCCAAUCAGAGAGAUCAAGACUGGCGGCGGGGACCCACU